AUAAAUAUAUAUACACGUAUGCUUGUGUUUGUAGUAGUAAAUAUUGAAAAUAAAUUCCAGAAAAGAAUAAAAAGUGACUUCAACACUUAUACGCACACAAUAAUAAAAGAAAAACAACUUAGUGCAAGGUUUCAUACGUACGCUACUCCAGAGAAACAUUUAAAGAAAGAGAGAGUGCUCGCGUAUAGUGUUAGGAAGUGAAUAUUAAUAAAAACAACAAAACGAUAGUAUCGUGUAUGCACAAAAGUUAUAAGAGAAAUCUUGCACAAAACUUGUGGCCAAAUGGCUCAGCAACAGCAGCAGCAAACAGUUAAGAAAAACCUGCCAAAUGGUAUGAAAUUUGUGCUUGGUGGCAUGGCAGGAAUGGGCGCUACAAUGAUAGUGCAACCACUUGAUUUAGUGAAAACGCGCAUGCAAAUCUCUGGCGCUGGUAGUGGCAAAAAGGAAUUUCGUAAUACGUUUCAUUGCAUGCAAACCGUGGUGAGCCGAGAAGGCCCUUUUGGUUUAUAUCAAGGCAUAGGGGCGGCAUUAUUGCGUCAGGCAACGUAUACAACCAGUCGUUUGGGCGUUUAUACAUAUCUGAAUGACGCGUAUAAAUUGCACUUCCAAAAGGAUCCAAGCGUAGCUGCUAGUAUGGGUAUGGGUGUGAUAGCGGGAGCUUGUGGCGCGUUUGUCGGUACGCCAGCCGAAGUGGCUCUAAUACGUAUGGCAUCCGAUGGACGUUUACCAAUUGCCGAACGGCGCAAUUAUAACAAUGUCUUUAACGCGUUAACCCGUAUAACGCGCGAGGAAGGCUUGACAACAUUAUGGCGGGGCAGCUUACCUACAAUGGGCCGCGCCAUGGUGGUCAAUAUGUCCCAAUUGGCUUCGUAUUCCCAAUUCAAGACUUAUUUCCGCACAGGACCUUUGAAAAUGGAGGAAGGUAUUAAACUACAAUUUGCUGCCAGUAUGCUUUCCGGUCUACUCACAACCAUCACUUCGAUGCCCUUAGAUAUGGCUAAGACACGCAUACAAAAUCAGAAAUACGUUGAUGGAAAACCGGAAUAUCGUGGUACGUUAGAAGUAUUAGGUCGUGUGGCCCGUCAUGAGGGACUAUUUGCCUUAUGGAAAGGUUUCACCCCAUAUUACUGCCGUUUAGGCCCACAUACCGUGUUAACGUUCAUAUUCCUGGAACAAUUGAAUCAAAUGUAUUACAAAUACAUUCUGGGCAGCGAAAGCAAAGGCUCCGGUCUGUGAUUAUUGUUACGAUGUACGUAAAACUUAAACAACUUUUAUUUUUUAUCUCGUUUUUUUUCUGUUUUUUUUUUUUUUUUAUUCUUGUUAAUAUAUACAUAUAUACAAAGUGUUUAAAUAUAUUCCAUAUAAGAAAUAUGAAUAAGUUCCACAGUGUAAAAUCAAAUACAAAACAGACAAAAGCACAACA